GUCUUUCGUCGACGAGGCUGCCAAAAUCGAUAUCUCGGUUUUAGUGGCUGCGUGUCCGAAAAACGUAAAAGAUGUUACGAAACGUAUACUAUGAAAAUGCCUUAGACAUGGGUUAGCUAAAAAUUAUCGCGAAUUUUUAAGCAUUUUUUUUUUCGGUCGCGAUUUCUUCAGUUUGAGUUAUUUUCGUUCUUCUUUUUCUUUUGCGGGUUAUUUGUAUACGUAUGAUUUCCAAAUCGAAACAUGGAUUUAACUCAGGAUAUCAAUAUGGAGUCGAUUUAUAACCUAGAUCUGGAUCUACGUUCGAUAGAUCCGUAUAAUUUCACGUUAUGUGUGGCGGUGGAUAUUUGCAUGCAGUGCCUUUUCUUCGUCGUCGCAGUCGUAUUGCAAUUUGAUCAAAUAUCUGACUUUGCUGGAGGUUUGAAUUUCAUCGUGAUUGCAUUAUUGACGUAUUUCCUAACACCGACCAGAGAUAGCAGACAGGCUAUGGUGACUUUGUACGUUUGCAUUUGGGGUGCUCGACUGAGUGCGUAUUUAUUCUAUAGGAUUAUGAAGAUUGGGCGUGACGCGAGGUUCGACGAUGUACGCAGUAAUGUGAUCAGAUUCGCCAUUUUUUGGACGUUUCAGGCAAUUUGGGUUAUAGUCGUCAGUCUUCCUGUAAUCGUUGUAAACGCAUCUCAUAACUCGUUUCCAAACGCUCCAAAAACAUGGACAACGAUGGACUCGCUCGGUACGGGUGUAUUUUUCACCGGUCUCAUCAUCGAGACGUACGCCGAUCUGCAAAAGUACGCUUUCCGCAGCGAACCCGAAAACAAAGGGAAAUGGUGCGACGAUGGUCUAUGGAGUUCCUCGAGGCAUCCCAAUUAUUUCGGUGAAAUUCUCCUAUGGUGGGGUAUUUUCAUCAUUGCUCUGAAUGUGAUCAAGGGGUACGAGAUGAUCGCUGUGCUGUCUCCUAUAUUCACCUCGUUCAUAAUUAUGUUCCUGUCCGGUAUACCUCAUUUGGAGAGGUCGACAGAUUACAAAUAUAAAAAUAAUCCAAAAUAUCGCCUGUAUAAGACAUCGACUUCACCACUCAUCCCACUACCAUCUGGCAUCUACAGUGAAGUACCAAAGGUGUUAAAAUUCAUCUUAUGCUGCGAAUUCCCAUUAUACGACUGGACAGACGAAGAUGAAACCGAACCACCUUGCGGAUUAACAGGAAUCACCUAGGAGUUAGAGAGAGUUGAACUAGGCGUCAGGAAACCCUACAAAAGCGCCCUGGUUCAACUCUCUGCAGCCAAUUCUCCACUAAUAUCUUCAACACAAGUUUGAUUUUUGCUUCGAGCACUUCUAAAGUGCUCUGAGAUGAAUUGAAAUGGGGGAAUAACCCAAUAAAAUAUGUGAGAUUUGUAUCAUAAAUUAUAACGAAAAGACCAUCUAAAUAAUAAGCAUAAUAACUCUAUAAUACAAUAUACCUACAGUGUGACCCUAGAGUUAAAAUAGCGGAUCACUAAUUUAUACCUACCAAUUGUUAUUAUGAAAUUGUGAUAGUGCAGUAUUAUGCUUUAAGAAAAAUUUGUUUGUAUAUCGUUUAUUAUUCUUAUAUAAAUACCUAUGUAUACAAGUGCACCUUUCUAAAUUUAUAAGUAUUAUGAAAAAAAUCAAAAAAAAAAAAAAAGCAAUGUAGAAUAUUCCACUUUGAAGAGUGUCGCAGUCUUGUCUCAAUAUUUUUGGGACAAUGUGGCAGAAGAGGUGCCAAUUAAAACGCGCCAAUAUGUGAUUUUCUAAAUGUCUCCGGUACUCUAAUGAUGGGGAGUAGUAAAUAAACCAUGGUUACCAGUAUUUUUAUACUACUUAUUUGUUUUAUGUAAUUAAAAAUUGAGGAGUUUUAAAGGCUUUCUUUACAUAUAUAGCGAUGAGUUAAUCCAUAUAUAUGUAUACGACCUUUUUGUGUAUGUGUAUAUUACCUAUAUGUACUUUUUACAAAAUACUCCACACACGCUCAGCUCUUAUACUUAGGUAAUAAUAAUGUAUAAUUCGUGUAUUAACGCUUUCAAAUGAAUAUUUUUUUUCCUCCUUCUUUGAAAGGUAUGAAUAAAGCGUUAUUUAAAUGCAUUUUUUAAUACGAGAGUAUAAUUAAUUUAGUAGUUCCUUAUUAUGUAUUUGUUUAUGUUUGUAAUAAGAUUAAGUAUCUACCUACAUU